AUGUUCGGCGUGCUGAAGGAUUAUCGGAUGAGGCUGAACCCAACGAAGUGCGCCUUCGGUGUAUCUUCCGGAAAAUUCCUCGGAUUCAUGAUUAGUGAGAGGGGUAUCGAAGCGAACCCCGAAAAAAUAAAAGCAAUCAUCGAUAUGGAGAGGCCGAAAACGGCGAAGGACAUUCAAAGCCUUACCGGACGCGUGGCAGCCUUGACUCGUUUCAUAUCCAAGGCCACCGACAAGUGUGUUCCGUUCUUUAAAGCCUUGAAAGGGGGCAAACGGGAUAUCAACUGGACUGCCGAGUGUGAUAAAGCGUUUCAAGACUUAAAGGACUACAUGGGCAGAGCACCCCUCCUGUCAAAACCACUACCUGGGGAAAUUCUCUAUCUAUACCUUUCGGUAUCUGGCACUGCUGUCAGUUCGGUAUUGGUCCGAAAGCCAGAGAGGGCAGAGCUACUAAUUUUCUAUGCCAGCAAAGCACUCCAAAGCGCUGAACUUCGGUAUCCCCCAUUAGAGCAGCUUGCACUAGCCCUGGUAGUCUCGGCACGAAGACUUCGGCCAUAUUUCCAAGCACACGGGAUCAAAGUUCUGACCAACCAACCGCUUCGGCAGGUGCUCCAAAACCCAGAGACUUCUGGCCGAUUGAUCAAGUGGGCAAUCGAACUCGGAGAGUUCGAUAUACAAUUCGUGCCAAGACCCGCCGAAAAGGGUCAAGCCGUUGCCGAUUUCAUCUCCGAACUCACCCCAUCAACGGCACAGCCGACAGCCGAGCUGGUUACCGAAACCGGAACGCCAAUGGAAGUAGACGCCAAACGGCUCGACACCUCAAGGCCCGUAUGGGUUCUGCAUGUCGAUGGCUCGGCAAACCAACAAGGAUGCGGAGCAGGCCUGGUACUGACAACACCAGAGGGACUCAAGAUCGAGUACGCCCUUCGAUUCAACUUCCGAACCUCCAACAAUGAAGCCGAAUAUGAGGCUCUCUUGGCCGGCCUUCGGUUAGCCAAGAGCAUGAACGCAAAACAAAUCAGGAUUCACAGCGACUCCCAGCUCAUUGUGAACCAGGUAACGGCAGACUUCGUGGCCAGAGACACCUCCAUGAACGCCUACCUUUCAUCCACCCACCAGCUGCUCCAAAACUUCCAAGCCUACGAGAUCAGGCAGAUCCCCAGAAGCGAAAACAGCCAUGCCGAUGCAUUGGCACGCCUAGCCUCGGCAAUAAACGAUAAAAUCGGAAGAAAGGUACCGGUGGAAAUUCUUGCCCAACCGAGCACGGUAGCCUCCGAAACAUUUACCGUACGGUACGAGGAUACAUGGAUGUCUCCUAUCUACUCGUACCUGACCAACGACACCCUUCCAGAUGACAAAGCCCAGGCCCGAAAGCUUAGGUACCGAUCGGCAAGGUACACCGUCAUCAACGACGUCCUUUACAAACGUGGCUACACAACUCCAUAUCUCAAGUGCCUUACGGCAGAACAGGGGGACUACGUCCUUCGGGAGAUCCAUAACGGUGUGUGCGGCGACCAUUCCGGAUCCCGAUCACUCGCCCACAAAACCUUUCGGCAGGGGUACUUUUGGCCGACCAUGCACCAGGACGCUAUCUCGCUGGUGAAAAAGUGUGAUAAAUGCUAG